GUAGCCACUCAGUGUCAGCCAAAUCCAUGAUAUUAACACAAUCUAAAGAGCAAAGGGGAGUUUCCAAAGUAAUCAAACCCGUCCAACUUUGUCAUUUACAGCUUUAGACCACUGAAAAUGGAUCCUAUUAGGGCUGCUGCUCCUUUGCUAUGGUUUUCCCUGUGCUUUGGGAAUAUUAUGGAGGCAGCGGUACUUGGAUCAUUGCAGUACCCCUCUAGCGCAGAUGAUAACGGGCUUGUUUCACAUCUGGAUGAGCAGAGUCGGAGAAAGCCGACCGCGGUGUCCAGGAAAGACCCUCCGAUAAAUGAUACUAUCGUCCCCCAUGACUAUAUGGUAUCGCUAUACAGGACACUCUCUGCAAUAGAGAGAAGAGGUCUUAACAGCAGUGUUCCUCGCUCCGCAAGACACGCCAACACGGUGACCAGUUUCGUGGAUCAAGGAAAAGAUCCCUCCUCCUGGGGAAGUGGCCAGCGCUAUCUCUUCGACCUCUCCAGCCUGUCCAGGACAGAUGAGAUUGUGGAGGCAGAACUGAGGAUCCUGAGAAAGCCACCGCUGGAUCGCCUUCCUAUGCUGACGUGGGGCAGGAACCUUUAUCGCCUCCUCCUCUACACAUGUUCCUCCAAGGGGAACUCUGGGAGACGGCUGCUGGACUCCAGGACAGUCGACGUUCUGGACCGCGAGCCUCCCAAAUGGGAUGUCUUUGACGUGUGGGCCAGCGUGAAUGCUCGGCGGAGGAGCCACAGGACAGCAGCGGGCAAUGGCCUCCUCGUGGCCUGCUUUGACCUGCUGGUUGUUUCGGAGUUGACCAAAGAGGCAGCCAACCCUCUUACAGUAGGGCUGGGACGCCGGUCUCGGCAGCCCCAGGAGAGGGCCUUGCUGGUGGCUUUUUCUCGCACCCGCAGGAAAGAGAACCUGUUCAAGGAGAUCAGGGAGCAGAUGAAGGCAGUGCGCAGAGACUUGGGUUUUCUGGACCCUUCGGACCUCUCUGGUGACGUGAUUGGUCACCUACCCAGGCGACGCCAACGCCGGACUGCCCUUACCGGCCGAUCUAUAGGCGGAGCUGGUGGGGGAGGAGGGGGAGGUGGUGGUGGAGGAGGAGGAGGAAGGGGCGGUGGAGGCGGGGGGCGCAGGAAGACUCGCUGCAGCCGUAGGCCGCUCCAUGUCAACUUCAAGGAGUUGGGCUGGGACGACUGGAUCAUCGCACCGCUGGAUUACGAGGCGCACCACUGUGAAGGCGUGUGCGACUUUCCGCUGCGCUCACACCUGGAGCCUACGAAUCAUGCCAUCAUUCAGACACUUAUGAACUCUAUGGACCCUGACUCCAGCCCACCCAGCUGCUGUGUCCCCUCCAAACUCAGCCCCAUCAGCAUCCUCUACAUUGACUCUGGCAACAAUGUGGUCUACAAGCAGUAUGAGGACAUGGUGGUGGAGAGCUGUGGCUGCAGGUAGCAUAGCAACAGACAGGGGUGGUGGUGCUAGUCUUGCGUGGCGCUAGUCUCGUCAUUCUGGAAUUUUGGACUGGGGCUUGCAAAGAGCGGAGUCUGAUUGUUUUGUGGGAAAAUACGUUGGUGGUUUAAAGCGCUUCUUAACACUCGCAUCCCCCUAUCUCUUCCCCCUAAACCAGCUGUAUUUUGUGAUUUGUUGAAAAAAGUACAGACAAGUAUGCUCAUUACUGAUCUGCCUCUGCUUAAGGGGAACAUAAUCUUAUUUGCUGCUUAAUUUAUUAAAACGUGUCCAUUGAGCUGCCAUUUUAUUUCUUGAGCUCUUUAGCAUUUUUCUUUACUCAUAACAUGCUCUGGCUCUCUCUAGUCUCUCUCUCUCUGUCCCCAUGGCUCUGUAUGUUGCUCGAUUCUGUCAACUUCAGUAAAUGUCUGCUAUGCUUCUGACUUUGGUUCUAGAACACUGCUUUAGUAGUGUAUGAAACAUCAGCCCUAGCUUUGAAUUUACUGAGCAGCAGACAGAAUUUGUUGGGAUGAAUAAAACAAGCCCAGAUUUAUAGCGUUAUGAUAACAGUGUUAGAGUACAUUUGUGUGCCUAUAUGGAAAACUCAAAAUAACAUUGAGUCAAUUACUACUUCUCACAAGACAUCUGUCCAAUAAACUGCUCCCAUUGUGCUUGUUCUUACCAAAAAACAAAAUUUCAAAUGUAUGGGAGGACACAAUCAAAAAGGACUUUUGUAUAUUGCAGUUUGCAAUUGCAGCACAUAGCCUACACACUUCUUACUUAAGACACUACCGUCAUCUCUUGGACAUGGUUAAAAUAUAGUUUUUUAGAUAAAUGCUGCGCUUGGUGUUGUGAGCAAUAUGGAUAUUAUUAUUAAUCUUUUCAGCAGGACAGAGAAAGUCACCCAUUUUCUGGAGUUAUCAAAUCAAAUGUAUUUAUAUAGCCCUUCUUACAUCAGCUGAUAUCUCAAAGUGCUGUACAGAAACCCAGCCUAAAACUCCAAACAGCAAGUAAUGCAGGUGAAGAAGCACAGUGGCUAGGAAAAUCUCCCUAGAAAGGCCAAAACCUAGGAAGAAACCUAGAGAGGAACCAGGCUUUGAGGGGUGGCCAGUCCUCUUCUGGCUGUGCCGGGUGGAGAUUAUAACAGAACAUGGCCAAGAUGUUCAAAUGUUCAUAAAUGACCAGCAUGGUCAAAUAAUAAUAAUCACAGUAGUUGUCGAGGGUGCAACAGGUCAGCACCUCAGGAGUAAAUGUCAGUUGGCUUUUCAUAGCCGAUCAUUGAGAGUAUCUCUACCGCUCCUGCUGUCUCUAGAGAGUUGAAACAGCUAACAGAAAAGCUAACAGUUAUCUGCUGUAGAAAACCUCUGUCUAUCAGCCUUAGGAACAGUGAUCUUUAGUUAGGGGGAUGGUAAGGGUCCCAUUUACACUGCUAACUUCCAUCAGUAGCUGUGUGUCACCAUGCAUUUGCUUAUAUGCACUCUAUGUCAUUACAUAGAUCAUUACUAUGCAAAGAUCCAAGGUAUAUGAUAUGGAAUAUUUAACAGGAGGUAUGAAAGGCGACAUGGAGAAUUUCAAAUAUAUUUUUAUGGCACGAAGAAUGAUUUAUUAUUUCUUGCAACUGAGAAAAGUUCAAUUUUUUCAGGGUACGCUAUGUACUACAGCUGGUAAUGUAUAUGACUUAAACAAGCAGAUCCCAUGAUCACUUGAGAUUGAAAUGGCGAUUCAACUCCCUGUAAACAGCACAGAAAAAAUAGGCUAUAAUGUCCAUAGGAAUCCCUUGUUCAUCAGUGAAAUGGAAUAUUGAAAUUCACUUUUUAGCACUCCAGGUACUGAAUAAUAAGCACAUGAUUUUGCAAAAUAAUGUUGAUCAAACAGCUACAUGUGUUGGUCUUUGGAUGUCAUUUUCACUUAUUGAGUUUUAUUUUACAGUUCACUCUACUUGCAUAUUAGCCUGGUGGUCCAGAUAUGUUUGUGCUUUAGCCAACUUUUCCCUGCCGUGUUUGUUCAUUGUCAUUCCAAACGUAGGUAUCACGGCAAGACGUAAGUUGACACCUGCUUUCCAACGUGGUAAUUAAGUGUAAACUCCCCACUGUAUAUUAUUUCACAAAUCCCAGAUGAAUCACAUUAACACAAGGUAAAUAAAUAUGCACAUUCAAGACAUAGGAAAGAAAACUACUUGCAAUGAGUAAACUAGGCACAGGUCAUAUGUGAUGUCCCCAAGAGAGAACUCUUGCGCAGAUGUUUCAUAGUAUUGGUAAAAGCCUUUUGCUUUAAACUCUCUCGUGAACGCUUUGGUUGCAACGCUGUUUGUGGUAAAGUCAUAUCACUGAGUCUCAGUUUAAAUUGAAUUAUAUUUCCUGUCAUUCCAAAUGAAAAUCAAUUUCUUGAAUUGAAUUUGAGAUUAGCGAACUCUUCUGCAUGACCCUAGCCUGGUGUAUAGAGAUCUAUAGAUUCACCUUCUGCAUGACCCUAGCCUGGUGUAUAGAGAUCUAUAGAUUCACCUUCUGCAUGACCCUAGCCUGGUGUAUUGAGAUCUAUGGAUUAUUUUCUUGAAGUAGAUAUAUUUCCAUCUUUUUGCACAAAAGGCAAAUAGUUGAUACUUUGACUAAAGACUGCAUUUCUAUGUAUGGGGAGUAUUUGUCCUGAUAUACAAUAUGUGAGUCAAAUGUAAUGUACUAAUAUGAUAUUUGAGCGUUUGCUGCUUUUGUUUGAAAUUAUGUUUGUUAAAAUAUUUCAUUUACUUUCUAACCAAAAUCCAAAGCAGCUUUCUUGCAUUUUGUUCUACAUUUUUUCAUCCAAACCAGAGAUUGUUUAUUUUUUCCGGUUUUCUUUCACGAUUAUGUUAAACCGAUUUGGUUCUUUAUGAAUUAAACAAUAUCCAUCUAAAAUGACUAUAUUGGCAUUUUGAACUAAGGACUAUGCUCAAAAACAAACCGACCACAAGAAAAUAUCUGCUUGUGGUUUAUUUUAAAACAGCAGAGGAAAUUCAGUGGCACAAUCUCCAGGAAGCAGAUAAUACAGCUCCCCCAACAUCAUUGAUAUCACCUAACAGACAUUGAACAAUAGCAAAGUUUCCAUCAAUUUGCCAUCAUUUCUAUAAAUGUUUAAUACAAUUUAAACAUUAGUCAAAUAAAAAGGGGGCAUAAUGAUAUAACUUCCUGUAAACUCCCCUAUUGCACACAUUUUCUAAGAAAAGCGGUUACUAUUUUUCGCUGAUAGUCACAGUUCGCAUUUUCAAAAAAGAGUUACCCUCCUUUUUGAAGAUAGUUUCAACUGCAGUGACAUUCUGCUCAGUGGAAAACAGUUACCAUAGAAGCUUCUUGAUUAGCUUGUAUACACUUGAUCUAAAUUACAUAAAUAUGGCAAAGGAUAAUUAAACAAAAGUGUCAGGCAGAAAAUAAAUCCCAAAAGCUAAUGUAGUCCAGAGAGUAGCUCCUCUGGUAUGCUGUGCCUUGAUAUCAGAAACGUUUCUAUGUUUCUGCUUUGCUUGUAUCCGUGUCCUAUUACAACUACUUUGUACAAUUGCUUUUUUCUGUUUCUUUGUGAAUCAUCAUGCCAAACGCAUUUUCAUAAAAAUGUCAGGACAAGACAGUGACCGGAUUGUUCCAUACUUCAUUGCAUGUUUACUUCAGCAAGCUUGUCUUAGCACGUCCAUUGUCUUGAAAUAGUAUUCACACCCUGCACAGUUGUCACAUAUAGUUGCACAUUUUGUGACUGUGACUAAACUUAAAUCUGCUUGAAAAUCUGUGGCUGUAAAUCAAUGAUCACCAUUCAACUUGACAAAGAUUGAGCAAUUUUGCCAAGAACAAAUGACACAUGUUGGGAUGUGCUUUGAGUGUGUGGAGUGUUGUGUAAAUCUUUGGGGGAAAAUACCUCAAAAUCCCAGACUCUAAGCCUAAGGCAUCAAAAGGUGAAAGCUGUGCAAUGGUUAGGAUGGAUGUGUUUGGAGACUCAUGGAUGCUUCGUGAGUACAAAGUGUUGCUGUGAAUGUAUGACUGCAUUCUGUCUCGAGAUCUGCAUGCUUUAUUCUAAUUUAACCACAUUAUCAGUUGCAGCUUGAUCUAGCAAUGUUAAAGUUAGUAUCUGUUAACACUGACAUCUUUUUUUGUAAGCACAUUUAUUCAUUAUUGAAGUGAGAUUCUGAUAUGAAAUGCCCAGUACUUAACGUCUAUGCAAUGUGUAUUUCCCCAUCAUUUUGCUCCUACCUAUUCAAAUAUGCAGUCUUCCCCAUUCUUUGAAAGGGAAAUUCAGAAAAAGGUAACCUUUCCCUUUCCUUCCCCUCCUUUCCACAUUUAUUAUGUGGAUUUUUUGAACAAGAGAGCAUUUGCUUUCUGGCAAAAACCCAUAUGAAGUUCACAAACAGAAAUUGUAUGUAAGACAUGUAUGAGGAUUAUAGUACAAGUUAAAGCUAUUUUGUUGAAAAGGGAAUUGUUUGAGAUUUAACCGUUAGACGGCCAUUAGUUCUACAUGUGUUCAUGUUAAAUGCACUGUGUGUAUGUAUGUAUUCUAUGGGUUAUAAAGGUCUGUAAAUAAUGUCAUUGUAAAUUAACUGUAAACAGCUCUGUUCUCUUUUGGAAAUAUCUUAUAGUAGUAUAUAUUUGAAAAAUAAUAUGUAAGCACACUUUAUCCUCA